CACCUCUCUCAACUUUAGCUGCAAAAAACACCUAGAAGUGACCCAAAAAAAAGAGUGCAACAGCAAACCCACUUCCCUCACCGGAAUCUCAAGAGCUCCGGUGACCACUGUUUCCACUUUCCGGCCACCCAAAUAUCUUAUACUCUCUUCCUCUCCAUCUCACUAGCUCAAUCUUUCUGACCCCCCCAUAUUUCAAAGCCAAAAACCUUGACCUUUUGCUUUGUUUUCUUUGCUUUCUAAAGCUUUAAACUAAACUCUCUCACUCCCUACUCCCAGCUCCACAAAGUGAAACACAAGUGGCUUGGACAAGCAAGACGAGCUGGGGAAGACAGGAGCCUCAGGUGUGAUGGGAUUUUGUAUAUGCCCGUUGGAGACUCCGGCGAGGUUGCUUUGGAGCACCAGUUUUUUCCGUCACAAGAUUAUGAUCUUCUAAUCCUAUAUCAUACAUAAUAUAUAUUGAAAAAAAAACAAAACCAAAACCAAAUUCUACAACAUCCUACUCCAAAUCCAUCAUCACCAAAAAAAAAAACACCAAACUUUGUAAGUACGUAGAUAUACCUUCCUACGUAAUAAGCUCUUUUCUUCUUAAUUUCUCUCUCUUUUUUGUGUGUGCGCCCGUGACUAGUCGGGGAAAACACACGUGUCAACACAGGAUUGGAUGAUGGAAUCCGGCCGCCUUUUCUUCGACCCUUCCGCCUGCCGCGGCAGCAACAUGUUGUUCCUCGGGAAUGGUGAUAACACUUUUCGAGGAGGAAGAGCAAUAAUGAGCAUGGAGGAAAGCUCAAAGAGGCGAUCCUUUUUCGGCUCACCGGAUGAACUGUUCGACGAGGAAUAUUACGACGAGCAGUUGCCGGAGAAGAAGCGCCGCCUCAGCCCUGAGCAGGUGCAUCUGCUGGAGAAGAGCUUUGAGACAGAGAACAAACUGGAGCCAGAGCGAAAGACCCAGCUGGCCAAGAAGCUGGGGCUGCAGCCAAGACAGGUGGCUGUAUGGUUCCAGAACCGCCGGGCACGGUGGAAGACAAAGCAGCUCGAAAGGGACUAUGAUGUCCUCAAAUCUUCUUAUGACUCACUCUACUCUAAUUAUGACACUCUUGUCAAGGAGCAUGAGAAGCUCAAAUCUGAGGUGGUUUCCUUAAAUGAAAAACUUCAAGCUAAAGGGGUGGCUGGAGCAGAUAUUUCAGCUCAAAAAGCUGAGCAACUUCCGGGGGAUAUCACUAAUGUUUCAGCCCUCCAAUUCAAUGUGAAGGUUGAGGACCGCCUAAGUUGUGGGAGUGCUGUGGUAGAUGAGGAUGGUCCACAGAUUUUGGACACUGGUGAUUCAUACUUCCCAAGUGACAACUAUCCUGCAGAGGAUGAUGGGAGUGAUGAUGGCCACAGUUACUUCGGCAAUGUGUUUGUAGCUGCAGAACCUCAACACCAGGAGGAUGAAGAGCCUUUGGAAUGGUUGGAGUGGCCAUAAAAUGUGCUUAAAGUUAAACUACUAGUUGGGUGUGUUUUAGUCUCUUUGUAACAUGUCACAUAUUCCAAUAGUUGCUUAGUAGAAAAGUAUCUGCAAACUAUUUGGACUAAAGAAAAAAAAAAAAGGUGAGGAAGUAAACGCUUAGUUUAGUGGCUGAGAUCCUGAGAAUGGAGAUCUACGGACUAAGUUAAUUAAUAAAUAAAGUCAAUGGCGUCUUGUAUUAUCCUUCUAUGUGAAUGAGAAGUAAAUGACUUGUUCCUAGGUUUUA